AUGGCGCUCGGUUUACUGAUCCUGUCACUACUGACGUCAGCGUCCAUGACGUCCGCCGCUGGUCCCCCGCGCAAGUUUCAGACGACUGCGAUUUAUGUUGCUCCUUCGCAGAUGGCGGCGAUGAUGGAGGUGAAGGCAGCACUAACGCGGUACAUCAACCUCACGUCGUGGGCGGCCAGCAACCCGUGUGCGUCGUGGGCGCUGGUGACGUGCUGGGCGGACGGGCUGGUGCGCCGCAUGAACCUCAGCGCCCACGCCAUUCAGGGCACCCUGCCCUCCGCCCUCGGCACGCUCUCCACCCUCGAUGAGCUUGUUGCCACCAAUAACUGGCUCACAGCACCUCUCCCCGACUCAUUCAGUCGACUCACAGCCCUCACAAACCUGCAGCUGUCAGAGAACUACUUUGCGGGGCCUAUCCCAGACUCAUGGGGCAACAUGAAGAGCCUUGUGCAGCUCUACCUCAACCUCAACUACUUUUCAGGCGGACUGCCUGACACUUUUUCACAGCUGACCAACAUGCAGAAACUCUUCGUCUCUAUGAACCUGCUCAACUCCUCCUUCCCCACUGUCGUGUGCGCCAUGACCAACCUUAGAGAGCUUCGCCUCAGCUACAACAAGUUCACGGGCUCGGUACCCUCCUGCCUCAGCACCCUCUCCUUCCUCUACGAUCUGCACAUGGACUCCAAUGACCUCACAGGCACUCUUCCGGCCGCCAUCGGCGACCUUCCAGCCCUUCAGAACCUGUUCAUGAAUCAGAACAGCCUGAGCGGCCCUCUGCCUCCCAUCAUCACCAAGCUCACCAACCUGCGCAUCCUCGUGAUGAGCAGCAACCCUUAUCUGGAUGGCCCGCUGCCAUCGGACCUGGGCAACAUGGUCAGCCUCACGGACUUCCUAAUGGAGUUUGCAGCUAUCAACGGCACCAUCCCUGAUUCCAUCUCCUCGCUCACUCGCCUCUCCCGCAUUUUUUUUGGAGGCAACAAGCUCAGCGGCUCCAUACCUGAUGCCCUUAGCUCGCUCACAGGAUUGGUGCAACUGUAUCUGUCUGAAAAUCAGCUCAACGGCUCCAUUCCUGCCACCCUUAGCUCGUUAACAGGACUGAAAGGAUUGAGUUUGAGGAGCAAUCAACUCAGCAACUCUAUUCCUGCUGCCAUUAGCUCGCUAACAGCAUUGACAACUUUGCGUCUGGAUAGCAAUCAGCUCAACGGCUCCAUUCCUGAUGGCCUUAGCGCCUUAACAGCUCUGAAAAGUUUGUAUCUGAACACCAAUCAGCUCGACGGCUCCAUUCCUACUACCCUCAGCUCGUUAACAGGCCUGACACGACUAUUUUUGGCUUUCAACAAGUUCAAUGAGAGUAUUUCUUUCGUUCUGAACCUCACAAGCUUGCAGUCCCUGACGAUAAACAACAACCACUUCAGUGGCUCCGUUCCUUCUUCCAAAAGUGGCUCCUGUUUGCUCAACCUGACUCUUGAUGCCUCCAACAACUACCUCUCAGGCCCCAUUUCCGGGCUGGGCAAGGCGAACAUGGACUUUUCAAACAACUUCUUGACAGGCCCUUUGAAGACUUCAACCACCGCAGACAGCCGUCUGGCUGGCAACUGUUUCGCACAGCCCAAGUGUCCGCGCGCAAAGCCCAACUGUUCGCUCGUGCAGCAGCGGCCCACAGCAGAGUGCACGGCGUUCUGUGGUGGAUUUAAUGCGUGUGACGGUCGCGGCAUCUGCUAUCCGGACGGACCCAGCUUGGUGCCCACGUGCUUGUGUCAACCAGGCUACGUGUUCGUUGGAAGGUUCUACUGUUUCGCACAAGGUUGGGAUGUAAACCUCUCCAUUAGCAAGCCGAUUCUUCCAACGUUCACUCUUCUUACCAAGGGAACGCAGCAGCAGACAGCGGGGCAGUUCAUGGCAGAAGCAGUAAAGCUUUUUGCGUUCCCAACGCGUUUGAGCACGGGAUGCGGUGUGGAGCUGGCUUUCAGCGUCAACUUCACAUUCUGCCUCCUUCCCCUGGGUGGUUCUGCCUCUGGUGGAUCCAACGGCUUCGCGUUUGUGAUCACGUCUAAGGCCAAGGUGGGGAAAGCAGACGGCGUGGGGUACGAUGGAAUGGCAGCACAGAGCGUAGCCAUCGAGUUUGACACGCUUCAGAAUGCCAAGUACAACGACAAGAAGGAGCAGCACGUGGGAAUCAACACAAACGGCUCGGAAACUUCCCUGGUUGCGGUCGAGUCGGGAUUCACGUUGACCAGCGGCGAUUACUACACGGCGUGGGUGGACUAUGACCCGUGGAACCGGGGGUCCAUGAAGGUGUAUCUGGCUGACUCCAAGGUGAAGCCGGAUGAGCCGCUGCUGGAGAGGGAGGUGUCGCUGUGCGCCGUGCUGCAGCCCAGCGGCGUGCAGGCGGCGUUCUUCUUUGGCUUCGUGGCGUCCACCACUGUCAAGCCGUUCCUCAUGGACGUCAUUCGCUCCUCCUCCGUGCACACAGAAAUACCCACUCCACCCGAGCCGGAGCAAAGUCAAUCCCUUGGCCUUGUAGUGUCGGAGGACACAUACGUGCCAGCUAGCGCAAGCCCCUUCUCGCGCUAUGUGAGCACGGACUACCAGUGGACGGGCAGCCGUGUGAGUGCAGACUCGUGGGCCAUCCGUGACUUGCACAACUGGGACGCCAUCACCUUCCUCGACUGGCCCGUCAAGGAUCAGCUGGACUGCAGUGCCUGUUGGGCGUAUGCGCUGGUGGCGAGUGUGGAGGCGGCAUACGGCAUCGCGUUGAACCGAGAGGCACCCCAGCUGUCAGUGGAGUCGCUCUUUGCAGCCAUGGGGAUCACCGGCACAGACAAGUGUACGGCUGGAGGCUCCCCCACCGCGGCGUUUGAGACGCUCGUCACUCUUGACGACAGCAGCGGACUCACAGCAGCCAAUGACACGGCAAAAACCUUUCCCGUGCAAGCAUUUGAGCGGACACUCUUCAAGGGAUACUUUGGCCUCAUGCUGGCAGUGCGGCGGCAGCCAGUGGUGGUUCACAUUGAGGCUUCCGCUGACACGUUCUUCCAGUACAAUGGGGCGUUCAAGUACCAGGACCCGGCAUGCUACACGGGCAGUCUGAACCACGUGGUGCUGGUCGUCGGCUACCUCAUCAACCGCGACGACGGCAGCCAGAAACGCAUUUCCCCCCCCUCUUGGAUCAUCCGCAACUCGUGGGGCGUUGGGUGGGGCGACAGCGGGCACAUGUAUAUGGACAUUCAGGGAGGAUAUGGCGUCUGUGGCAUCAACGUGCUGCCUGGCAUCUACCCCAUUGUCAAGAUUUCAGAGGAUCCAUGCAGAAACAACAGCUACAAGGGCGACCAAGACUCCAACGGCAUGAAUCCUUGUGGCCGGUUUCCAUGCCAGAAGACCACUGAGGGCAACAGAUGUACCUGCGUGAUUGGAAAUGUUACUCAAGCUCUGCAACCAUUUGUUGAGGUUGCCAAUGGAGAUGGCUCCAAAACAUGUGCUUAUGUGGACGUGUGUGGGUCGUACUUCAAGAACCCCUGCUACGUGGGCGCAUGCAUCAACGAUCUCAGCGGCUCCUACUCCUGCAUCUGCCCUCCCAACCACGUUGAAAGGGUUACACUCUACGGCUUUCCCACCUGCGAUCCAGCGAACUCUUCAGCCACGGACAUGACAGUGACUGGAGACAACUGGCAGUGCUCAGACGUGUCUGCACUUGUCGGCAUCCCAUUGGACACAUUCCGUUCCACAAACGCGGGGAUAAAUUGCAGCCAAGCAUUGGCCAGGGGCAGUGUAGUGCAGCUGGAUGGUGCUCCUGACAUUCCUUGCACUGCCUUCUUCUACACCCUCAAGAGUGACACCUGCUCGUCCAUCAGCGCGCAGCUUAGCCUGGGUGCGGGAGAGCUGGCUAAGCUCAACCCCGGCCUCAACUGUUCCUCCACUGGCCUCAAGGCAGGCCAGUCCGUGUGCAUCGAGCGCAGCUCUGCCGUGGCCUACACUGUCCCUGAGUGCCUGCGCUACGGCACUCUGACAGCGCAAACCACAUGCGAGGGGCUGAUUCAGAAGUACAUCAAGGAGACAGGCGUGAAUGUCACGGGAGCGGACUGGGCUAAUCUGUACCGCAACAAUCCCGGCCUCACUUGCUCCAGCACCAUCCCCACCAACAUCCAAGUGCAGGUCUGUCUGAGGGCAGACUAUUGGUCAUUCACAGCAAGCGUCGUCUGCAAAAAGGGAAAAUCCAAGAAAGUGGACAAGAGCGAUUCGUGCUCAACUAUUUUCGCUACAUGUAAAUUUAAAAAUAAUGCAGAUUUUUACGAAUAUAACGGCAAGAAUUGCUCUGGUGAUAUAGGCAACAGCAAGUCGAUAUGUGUGCCCCAUCCUCCUAGAUAG